UUUCGAAGGAAGUGCCAGUCACUCGUUGUCCAACUCGAACGAUGAGUGUGGUGGUAGAAUCUUUAAACUAUUCCCUCAAUCUGGGAUCAUCGUUAGGGUGGUUUCUCGUCUUGGUAGUUGCCAUUUUAACGGUUUACCACUACAUAUUCCAAUCGUCCCGAUAUGCUAAACUAGGAAACAAGUUACCGGGGCCCCAUUUCACCCUACCCCUCAUUGGAGAUGCUCACACGAUGAUAAAUAAAACCCCAACAGAAAUUUUGGACUACGCGUUCAAGCUCUAUCAAGACAAAGGUAGCGUGCUGAGAUUUUGGUUUGGUAAUAGGUUGACGACGGCACUGGUCGAUCCACGGGAUGUAGAAUUGAUUUUGGGUAGCAAUGCCCACUUGGAAAAGAGCUUGGACUAUAAACUGUUCGAGCCUUGGCUAGGUGAUGGUCUUCUUAUAAGCAAAGGAGAGAAAUGGAGGUCCCAUCGGAAGAUGAUAGCGCCUACCUUCCAUCAAUCCAUCCUGAAGACUUUCAUGCCCGUUUUUAACAAAAACGCUAACGACUUAGUUCAGUUGUUGAGGAGCGAAGUGGUUGGGAAAGUUUGUGAUGUCCACGAUUACAUGAGUGGGGCCACCGUGGAUGUUCUCUUAGAAACCGUGAUGGGUGUGAAGAAGGCAAAGGAAGCAAAAUCGAGUUUUAAGUACGCCAAAGCUGUAAUGGACAUGUGUGGUAUACUUCACUUCCGCCACGUUCGUCUAUGGAUGCGUCCAGACUUCUUCUUCCGGUUCACCAAGUACUUCAAAGAACAAGUUUCGCAUCUGAAGACCAUCCACACCUUAACUGACUCGGUUAUCAAAAACAAGAAGUUAGCCUUCUUCGAACGGAAGGAGAAAGGCGACGUGAGUUUAUACGAAACCGCUGUUAAGGAAACAGAGGAAGAAAACAAGAACCCGAUGAAAGACCAAGGCUUGAGUUAUGGGAGCCAUCUUCGAGACGACUUAGACGAAAACGAUGAAAGCAUCGGAGAGAAGAAGAGGUUGGCGUUUUUGGACUUCAUGGUAGAGGCGAGUCACACGUCGGGCAACAAACUAAGCGACGAAGAAAUCCGGGAGGAAGUUAGCACGAUCAUGUUCGAAGGCCACGACACGACGGCAGCGGCUUCCAGUUUCUUUAUUUGCGUUCUAGGGGUUUAUCCAGACAUCCAGGAAAAAGUCUACCAGGAAGUCAGAGAUAUUUUCCAGGAUAGCGACCGUCCGGUUACGUUUAGCGACACUUUGGAGAUGAAAUAUCUCGAGAGGGUGCUCCUAGAGACACUAAGAAUGUACCCGCCGGUUCCCGUUAUCACUAGAGUUAUCCGAGAGGAAGUUAAAUUAGCUUCCGGGGAUUAUAUUCUCCCGAAGGACACCACUGUGGCGAUCCCUCAGCUGCUGAUCCAUCGCAACGCCAAAUAUUAUCCGAAUCCUGAAAAGUUCGACCCUGAUAAUUUCCUACCCGAAAGGUGCACCCAGAGGCACUAUUACAGUUUUAUUCCUUUCAGUGCCGGGCCCAGGAGUUGCGUUGGGAGAAAAUACGCAAUGUUGAAGCUCAAAGUUCUGCUGUCUACUGUCGUUCGCAAUUUUAAGGUUAAGUCUGUGGUGGACGCAAAAGAUUUUAAGUUGCAAGGAGACAUUAUUUUGAAGAGGUCGGACGGCUUUCAUGUUAUUUUAGAAAAUAGAAAUUAGUGUUGUUGUUUGUUGAUACAGAAUUUUAGUUGUGUUUAGGUUUAGCAACUGGAAACUAGAAAUUUGAACUAGUUUAGUGAACAAUAAAUUAUGCAAUCAUAAAA